AUGGCACUGUCGUGCGCCUGGUCACAGAUGCGGGCUACUGCAGGCCCUCGGCGGGUUAUGCUUUCAUCAAGAGCCUCUGCGGCCGUAUCGCUCAAAUCUCAAGCGCGAAUGAGAUCAACCAUGCCGUUUCGGCUACCUGAUGAGAGGAAUGAGCCCAACUUCGAGUAUCGCAAAGGAUCACUUGAGCGCCAAAAAGUACAACAAGAGCUGCAGAGGCUGCGGGCUGCGCUCCCUCUGCGAAGCCAUGUCAUUUGCGAAGGCCAAGUACAAAGCACAUCCGAGUCUCUUGACCAGGUACUCCCCGGUGAGCACGGCACCGUCUUUACCAACUACCCCCUUGCGUCGCGCAAGCAAGUCGAGCAUGCCAUCAGCUCGAUGCUAGCAGUCAAGAAAGAAUGGGAGGAUACGCCUUUUGUCGACCGGGCAUCCGUGUUUCUCAAAGCUGCGGAGCUGGUCGCGGGAAAGUACCGCCACCAGCUUGUUGCAGCGACGAUGCUCGGUCAGGGCAAGAAUGUCUGGCAGGCGGAAAUUGAUGCGGCAGCCGAGCUGGCCGACUUUUUCCGUCUUCACUGCAACUACGCUGCAGAGAUUAUGAGUCGCCAACCCCAACGUGGUUCGGACGGCAUGUGGACACGGGUCGAGUAUCGUCCUUUGGAAGGCUUUGUAUACGCGGUUUCUCCAUUCAACUUUACUGCGCUGGGUGGUAGCCUAGUUUCUGCGCCGGCGCUGAUGGGCAACGUGGUGCUCUGGAAGCCGUCACAGUACAACGUCUACGCCAGCAUGCUGGUUUACCAAAUCUUGCUCGAGGCCGGCCUGCCUCCCGGCGUCAUUCAGUUUGUGCCUGGGGAUGCCGCCAAAGUCACCGAGGCAGUCUUAUCGCACCGCGACUUUGCGGGUCUCAACUUUAUUGGCUCGUCAGAUGUGUUUAGGAAAAUCUAUGCACGCAUUGGCGAGGGCAUCGGCAACAAGACGUAUCGCGAGUUUCCGCGUGUUAUUGGCGAGACGAGCGGCAAGAAUUUCCAUCUCCUCCACCCGAGCGCCGAUAUAUCCAGUGCCGUCAACCAUACAAUCCGUGGCGCAUUCGAAUAUCAGGGACAAAAGUGUAGCGCUACUUCAAGGGUCUACAUACCUCAAUCUCGCGCCGACGAGUUCUUCUCUCAGCUCAAAGCGGGCGUGGCCGCCAUCACCAUGGGGAGCCCUGAUGGUGACCUGGGUGCUUUCAUGGGUCCUGUCAUUCACAAGGAUUCAUUCAACAAGAUCAAUUCCAUUAUUGACGCCAGCAAAAACGAUUCUUCAGUAGAAUUGGUUGCUGGAGGUACAUAUGACGGAUCUGUGGGCUAUUAUGUCCAUCCAACUGUGUAUCGGGUCUCGUCUCCAGACCACAAUCUUAUGAAUCAGGAGAUCUUUGGACCUGUUUUGGCAGUUUAUGUCUAUGAAGACUCUGAGUGGUCUUGUAUUCUGGAGAGUAUAGACAGAAAUGGCGGGGGUCUUGCGCUGACAGGAGCCGUCUUUGCCAAGAGUCGAUCCGCAAUUCGACAAGCAGAAGAUGCUCUUCGCUACGCAGCCGGCAAUUUUUAUAUUAAUUGCAAGACAACCGCUGCUCUUAUUGGCCAACAAUCUUUUGGUGGCGCCAGAUCUAGUGGAACAAAUGACAAGGCCGGCAGCUCAGAUGUGCUUAGAAGAUUCACCAGCCCCAGGACUGUGAAAGAAGAGUUUGCCCCUCUCACUUGCUUCACAUAUCCAAGCAAUAACUGA